AGGUUCAAUUUUCCUCAAGGAAAACAACAAAAAAAGGCUUACAUAAACCAACACAUCAUCAUCAUCAUCUUCAUCUUUACCUUCUUCUCUUCAUUCUUCAACCCUAUAAAACUCUCACCCUUUCUACCUUACAAUAAUUUUCUCUCUUCCUCCAUUUGAUCACUUUCAUCCAUACCAAAUACCAAAAUAUAUAUGGGAUUCUCAAAUGGUAGUUUAGACAGUUACAACUUCAUGAACACCUCCUCUUUCACUGACCUUCUUAAAUCAGGAGACAAUGACAAUUCUUCCAAAUUUUCCGAUAUCGGAAUCCGGAGCUUAUCCGAUCGUAUAGCUGAUCGAACUGGCUCCGGAACUCCAAAAUUUAAAUCAUUGCCGCCACCAUCAAUACCAAUAUCUCCACCACCUUUUUCACCUUCUUCUUACUUUGCUAUUCCUCCUGGUUUAAGUCCUACUGAUCUCUUAGACUCUCCUGUUCUUCUCUCUUCUUCUCAUGUUUUACCAUCUCCAACAACAGGGGCUUUUUCAGCUCAUACUUUUAACUGGAAAUCCAACAACAACAACAACAGCAAAAACAAUGAAGAUAUGAAUAAAUAUUCAGAUUUUACAUUUCAAACUCAAGCAAGGACUACAAAUGAUGUUUCAUCAAAUAUGUUUCAAUCUUCAUUUCCUACUGAACAAGCUAUAAGAGGAAGAGAAAACCAACAACAAUCAUGGAAUUUUGAUGAUCAAAACAAAAAAAAUGAUCAACAACCCUUAAAUCAAACAAAAGUUAUGGUAAAAUCUGAGUUUUCAACUUCACAAUCUGAGAAUUAUAAUCAAGGAAAUAUUGUGAAAUAUGAAUCAGAACAAAGUUCUUCAUUUCAACCAGCUCAAUAUAUAAGAGAACAAAAGAAAUCAGAUGAUGGGUAUAAUUGGAGAAAAUAUGGACAAAAACAGGUAAAAGGUAGUGAAAAUCCAAGAAGUUAUUACAAGUGUACAUUUCCAAAUUGUCCUAUGAAGAAAAAGAUUGAAACAGCAAUUGAUGGUCAGAUUACUGAGAUUGUUUAUAAGGGUAGUCAUAAUCAUCCUAAGCCUGUAAAUACUCGAAGAUCUUCAUCGUCUUCAGUAUCAGCAGGAGUAGCUUUUAAUCAAACUUCCAAUGAUUUCCAUGACCAUUCAUUGGUGCCACAAAGAACCUCAUCAGGGCAAAUGGAUUCAGUUGCUACACCUGAGAAUUCGUCGAUUUCGAUGGCUGAAGAUGAAGUUGAUAUGGGUUCUCAGAGGAGUAGAUCAAUUGGGAAUGAUCUUGAUGAUGAUGAACCUGAUGCUAAAAGAUGGAGAGGAGAAGUUGAGAAUGAAUGCAUGUCAGCAGCACCUGGAAAUGGGAGCAGAGCAGUGAGGGAACCUAGAGUAGUUGUUCAAACAACUAGUGACAUUGAUAUAUUAGAUGAUGGAUAUAGAUGGAGAAAAUAUGGUCAGAAAGUUGUUAAAGGAAAUCCAAAUCCAAGGAGCUACUACAAGUGCACAUACCCAGGCUGCCCAGUACGAAAACACGUAGAACGAGCAGCUCAUGAUCUAAGGGCAGUGAUCACAACCUAUGAAGGGAAGCACAACCAUGAUGUUCCUGCAGCUCGCGGCAGUGGGAUGAGCAGGUCAUCCUUGGGCCAUAACAAUAGUGCAAUGCCUUCAAUGGCAAUAAGGCCAUCAGCUAUAAACUACAUGAGUUCGAAUUCGAACAAUAAUGUUGUCAAUUCUUUUCAGAGUAAUCAAGGAAUAAUGGCCUCAUCAUUGGAUGCCGCAGGAGGACAAUUAUCUCCUUUUACAUUACAGAUGCUGGCAAAUUCUGGAUUCUCAGGGUACAUGAAUCAAUCUCAAUUCUCAGACAACAACAUGUUUUCAAAUACUAAUAAUACUACUACUAGUACUACUACUACUAAAGCUAAAGAAGAGCCAAAAGAAGACAUGCUUUUUGAGUCAUUGCUCUGCUGAAACUCUUAAUUUUUUUGGGGUUGUCAGAGGAAUUUUUACUAGGGAAGAAGUUGAUAAUAGUAUUAGUUCAAAGUUCACACUGACAAAAAAAAGCUCUUGAUUCUUUUGUUAAUUGUAUUCCACAUGGUUGGUUGGUUUGUUUGUUUAUUUGUUUAUAUAGCAAUGUACACAGAAAUGACAUAUAUAUAUACAGGAGUUUUGGCCAAUUGGGCCUAUAGUUUA